AUGAUGAUCCAAAUGGCAGGGUUUGGUUGGUACACCAGGGAUCAUACAAUUCUACCUUACCUAACGAUAAGGAUGGGGAUCAAAACGGCAUGGUGUGCUUGGGUUGGCCAUGGCGUGCGUACUCAGGGUAUGAAUGGGGAUUUCCAGCGACUUCGUCCUGCGGCCGAGCAUUCUUCUGCUAAAGGCAAUUUCCAACGGUUGAGCAUACGGUGA